AUAAUGUUAAACCUCAUUUCUUUUUGUCUCUUUCUUUCCUUCAUCAGUUUCGUCCUGACACAAUGGAUGAAGCUGAAAACCGGCCAGAAUUUGCCUCCCGGACCGACGAAGCUGCCACUCAUCGGAAACAUGCACCGUUUAGUAGGCGCAGUCCCAUACGUUACCCUUAGAGACUUGUCCAAACAGUACGGCAAGGAACUCAUGCACCUUCAACUCGGAGAAGUUUCUGUUGUGGUGGUCUCGUCAGCCGAGGUAGCCAAACUGUUCCUUAAAACUCACGACCUCGACUUCGCCAGUAGACCCAGAAUUCUAGCCGGCGACGAGGUCUUUUACGAAAGGUCUGACCUCGUUUUUAGUCCUUACGGUGAGUACUGGAGGCAAAUGCGUAAAGUUUGCAUGACGGAACUCCUCAGUGCCAGAACCGUACGUUCCUUCAGCUACAUCAGGCAAGAUGAGAGCCAUCGUCUAUUGGAUCGUGUCCGUUCAUCAUCCCGCGCUGGCAGGCCAAUCAAUAUAGUUGAUGAAGUCACGUCAUUUAUGAGCUCCGUAGUUUGUAGAGCUGCAUUUGGAUCGGAUGCUUACAAAGAAUUCACCACAAUGGAGUAACUCUAAGGCCCUCCCCAAUAAGGGGUUCAUUCACAUUUUUUAAAAAAG